AUGAUGAAUAGAAACACGAAAAUAGAUCAUAGUGCCUAUGACUCACAAAGUUUAAAUCGUCCCACCACGGCAUCAGCCUUUCAUUCAACGUCGGUUAUGAAAUAUAUGGCGCCACGUACUUUAGGUCUUAAUCUUUCGAGUAGCUUUCAAGGAUCAUUACGUAGUUUUGCUCUUCCGAGUGUGGAUUCAAGUCUAUUAGCAUCAACUGCAACAGCAAACUAUGGUCUUGUUGCAUUAGUUCAAAAUGCACCAUCAUCAAUUGUAUCCCCAUUGCGUAAUUUUGAUGGUGAAUUUGUUAUUGAUGAACAUCGUGAAUUAUCAAAAUUAAAUGAAACACUAGCAGACAAUGUUCUACUUUAUUGUCAUUAUGAAGUACAUAAUCGUGCACAAGAAUCGCAAAUAGAAUUAUUGCAAGCAAAUUCAAAUAAAAAUUCUAUGACUAUUGAAAAAAUGUUUCAAACAGAAAUUGAAACCGCACAUCAAUUGGUCGAGGAUGCAUCACGUUACAAAUCAGAUUUAAAUAAAAAACUAGAUGAUAUUCAUCAAGCUACACUAGCUCAUGAUGAACACUAUCAACAAUUAUUAGCAAAACGAAAUGCAACAAAUAAAGAUAUAUUUGAAUAUCAACGUCAAUUAGCCCAAAAUCGAGCCGAAUCAGAAUUUCUUCGUUGUCGUGUACAACAAUUUAACGAUGAAAUUAACUUUUAUACAUUAAAAAAUAAUAUUUUACAAGCCAGAGAGGCUAAAUUACGCUAUGAAUUAGAUGAAGAAAUAUUUGCUCAACAAGUUUUACAUAUGGAAUUCGAAGUACUAGCAAAAGAAAAAAUAACAAAUGAAGAUGUACAUUUAACAUCGAUGAAUGAUGCUCGACAAACAAUAAAUCUUAAUCAAUUAGCGGCUAUUGAACCAGCGAAUCAUUUUCGUGAACAAUUAAGUUACGAAUUACGUCGUAUGCGUGCUGAAUAUGAGAAAAAAAUUCAAGCAUAUAGAGAAGAAUUACAUCGAAAAUUAGAACUUGAAUAUCAUCGUUAUCGAAUGCAUAAAGUGAUUCCGUUGCCUAGCAUGACAAAAGAACAAGAAAUAAAUUUAGAGCAAUAUGAACACGAGAAAAAGAAUACAGAACAACAAAUUCAAAUUAUACGUGAAAAUAAUAAUAAAAUACAAAGUCAAAUAGGUACAUUGGAAAAAAAUAUUCUUGGUCUAACAACUGAUAUAGAACCUGUAUCAAACUCACAAAGACAUUUAGACAUGCUUAAACAGGUUAUUCGAGACAGAGAAAAACAACUAAAUGAAGCUAUUCAACUUCGAACGAAGCUUAAGCAAAAUAUUGAAAAUUAUCAUGAACAAGUUCAAGAACAUUCAAAACGACCAAUAAUCUAUUCGAAAGAAAUUGAUCAGCCAACAAUGCCUACAAAACAGGAGCUGACGUAUAGAAGUGACCAACCAACAAUGCCUACAAAACAGGAACUGACAUAUAGAAGUGAUCAACCAACAAUAUCUACAAAACAGGAGCUGACGUAUAGAAGCGAUCAGCCAACGAUAUUUACAAAACAGGAAAUGCCAUACAGAAAUAAGCAGCAGAUGCAAUCAUCAUCAACAACUAUUCAAUUGGUUUCUCCUUCGUUACCUUCAAAAAUAAGUCCGACUGAAGAAAUACCACUAGAAGGAACAUUAAUACGAUAUAAUGAUUUUAAUGUUGAACAAGAUUGCAAAGAUUUAAAUACGAGCUUACAAAUAGCGAGCUUAGAUGAAGUGGGUGUUAUUCGAAUACUUUGUAAUCGAACCGUUGCUCAACGUCUUCAAAUUCGCGAUAGAUAUAAAAAUCUAUAUGGUGAAAACUUAAGUGAUGUUUUUGAAGCCGUAAUAAAUGGAAAUGGGAAAACGAUCUUAAAUGUACUUUUAUUAUCACCGGUUGAAUAUGAUUGUUUUGAAUUACGACGAAUAUUAAAAGGAAAAAAGUCAGAUGAAAAUGUUUUCAUUGAAAUAUGUCUUACCCGUUCGAAUAAACAAAUCAAAGCCAUAGUUGAUAAUUAUUCAAAAAUAUUCAAAAGUUCAUUACAAGACGAUAUAAUCGGUGAUCAAGAAACACCAUCAAAACUAAUAAUUAUUGCAUUACUUCAAGCUAAUCGACCAGAAAAUGAUAAUAUUGACGACGAUGAAGUAUUAGAAGAUGCUCAACAACUGUAUCAAACCAAUUCAAAGUGGCGAAAAGAUGGUUCAAUGUUUGUUCGACUUUUAUGUAAUCGCAGCACCGAAAAUUUGAAGCAAAUUUUUGCUGCUUAUCAAGAAUUUAGUGGAAUUGAUAUUGAAGAUUCGAUUCAAAUUGACAAAGAUCUUGAUCUUAGUCGUACUUUAAUGACUAUUGUUCGAAUCGUAAGAAAUCGAGCAAGGUUUUUUGCAUUUGAAUUGAAAAAGAGUCUUAAAACUUCUGGUAGUAAUGAAGAAAAUCUAACUCGUAUUAUUGUUUCAAGAUGCGAGAUUGAUAUGGUACAGAUAAAAUCUGAAUUCGAAAAAAUAUCUAAACGCACACUUUUUGAUCAAAUUCAAACCGAUACUAGUGGAAACUUGAAAUGUGCUCUUUUAGAAUUGUUACGGAAACGGAAUGAAACUGUUAAUAAUGAUGCAUCAUUUAAACAACUAGUCGAAGUAUCAUUACCAGUAAGAAAACCUCGAUCAACUGUACAAUGGAAAGUACCAAUUAGUGAAAAAUCAUUCAUAAGAAGUUCGAGCAAUCGAAAUACUACUAGCACGAAUCAAUUUGAUCGAAAUAAUCAUGAAAAACUGAAUACACUUUUAAAAUUGAAUACUCGACCAACACAUUUAUCAUUUCGUGAAGGACGUCCAAACGAUCAACAGUCGUCGAAUGACGAUGAGAAUAAUGGCGGAUAA